GCAGGGCACAGUGGAGCUGCCAGGAGUAGAAACGCUUCUAAAUAGCCCUGCAACAGACAUGGGGAAAACAGUGACAGAUCAAUCUGGGAUAUUACAGGCUCCAGGAAUCUCCUUCCCCAAGAGAAAUUGAAGACCAAAGCUGAUCUUUAUUUGCCUUGGUAAAUAGCGCAUGGUUUGGCACCCAAAUCACCUCUGAGAACAGCAGGUAACUGACAAGAUUUACCCCAAGGACCAGAAAAAUGCACUGUGCCAUACAAAAGGCAGAAGUUGUUGAUGGGGCUCAUUUGAUGCGAAUCAUCUGGGACGAUGGUGUGGAGUCUCUGUACCCCUCCGUCUGGCUGAGAGACAAUUGUCAGUGCCCAGACUGCUAUCUAGACUCUGCAAAAGCGCGGAAACUUCUCGUUGAAGCUCUUGAUGUGAACAUUGGUAUUAAGGACUUGACCUUUGACAGAAACCAGGUUCAUAUCACAUGGCCAAAUGAACACUAUAGUGAAUUUGAAGCUGACUGGCUGAAGAAAAGAUGCUUUUCACAGAAGGCCAGAGAAAAACUUCAAAAAGAAUUGUUUUUGCCAGAAUGUCAGUACUGGGGCUCAGAGCUCCAGCUACCUACACUAAAUUUUGAAGAUGUUUUAAAAAAUGACGAGCAUGCAUACAAGUGGCUCUUCAACCUCAAGAAAGUGGGCAUAGUGAGACUCACAGGAGCUUCUGACAAACGAGGAGAAAUUUUAAAACUUGGAAAAAGGAUUGGUUUCCUUUAUCUCACAUUUUAUGGACAUACUUGGCAAGUGCAAGACAAAAUUGAUGCAAACAAUGUGGCUUACACAACUGGAAAGCUAAGCUUUCAUACUGAUUAUCCGGCUCUCCAUCAUCCACCUGGGGUUCAACUUCUUCAUUGCAUAAAACAAACAGUCACUGGGGGUGAUUCAGAAAUUGUAGAUGGAUUUAAUAUAUGCCGAAAGCUCAAGGAAAGAAAUCCUCGGGCAUUUCAGAUUUUGUCCUCCACCUUUGUGGACUUUACAGACAUUGGAGUGGAUUACUGCGAUUUUUCUGUACAAUCCAAACACAAAAUUAUAGAAUUAGAUGAUAAAGGUCAAGUGGUUCGCAUCAACUUCAAUAAUGCUACUAGAGACACAAUAUUUGAUGUACCUGUGGAAAGAGUUCAACCAUUUUAUGCUGCUUUGAAGGAGUUUGUUGACCUCAUGAACUGCAAAGACUUCAAAUUUACUUUCAAGAUGAAUCCAGGUGAUGUGAUUAUAUUUGAUAAUUGGCGCUUACUUCAUGGCCGACGCAGCUAUGAAGCAGGAACUGAAAUAUCCCGCCACUUAGAAGGAGCUUAUGCCGAUUGGGAUGUGGUCAUGUCAAGGCUUCGUAUCUUAAGGCAGAGCAUCAAGAACAUAAACUAAAUCUCCUAUAAUUUCAGUAAGAUUCCAGUGCGUGUAUUUUGGGAGCAAUGGUAUGACUAUUCAUCUCCACAGACCAUAAACCAUGUCAUUUAUGUUUUUAUUUCUUUGACACUGUAUAUAUCACCUUUCUCACAAUUUUUCAUUGCAAUCACAUACAAUUACAACUUUUAAAAUAAUGCCAUAGUCUUUACUCUCACCAAAAUAAAGCAUCCUUCUUCUGUGCUAGGUGAAA